AACCACAGCAGAUUCGCACACACCACAGCAGUGGAGAUAAGUGCGCAGGAGCGGACAGAAACAGGGUAGCCAUCCCAUCUGUAGAAGAGAAAAUUAAUUAAAAGCGAUUCCUUUGCUAGCUCGAUCUUGUCCUUUGUUUAGGCUUUAGCAGGUGUUAGCUAGGGAGUUAGUUGGAGUUUGAGGGCGCAGGCCAGUCGUAAGAACAAGCCAUGUCGCCGGUGCACGUCCCUGAGCACAACAGCGGCAGCGGGUCCCUGACCCUGAACCCGGUGCUCGGCGGCGUCGCGUCCUCCUCGCUUCUGACGCCCAGGUCGCCGCCGCCGUCCUACGGGAACAUCGUCACCGUGCUGAGCAUCGACGGCGGCGGCGUCCGCGGCAUCAUCCCCGGCACCAUCCUUGCUUUCCUCGAAGAAAAGCUCCAGGAGAUCGAUGGGCCGGAGGCGAGGAUCGCGGACUACUUUGACGUGAUCGCCGGGACGAGCACCGGAGGGCUGGUGACGGCCAUGCUCACCGCGCCCAACAAGGAUGGCCGGCCGCUGUUCGCCGCCAAGGACAUCAACAAGUUCUACCUCGACCACUGCCCAAAGAUCUUCCCGGCCGCCAGCAGCUGGCCUUUCGGCUUGUGGAAGACCAUGACGGGGCCCAAGUACGACGGCCAGUACCUGCACUCCAUCGUGAAAGAGCUGCUCGGCGGGACGAGGGUGAGCCAGGCGCUGCAGAACAUCGUCGUCCCCACCUUCGACAUCAAGCUCCUCCAGCCCACCAUCUUCUCCAAAUACGACGCCCAGAACGAUGUGUCCAAGGACGCUCUGCUCUCCGACGUGUGCAUCAGCACGUCCGCCGCGCCGACCUACCUCCCGGGCCACCACUUCCAGACCAAGCACAAGGAUGGCACUCCACGGGACUUCGACCUCAUCGACGGAGGCGUCGCCGCAAACAAUCCGACGAUGCUGGCGAUAACUGACGUGAGCAAGCAGAUCCUGCUGGGCAACAGGGACUACUUCCCGAUCAAGCCGGCGGACUACGGCAAGUUCCUGGUGCUCUCGCUGGGGACCGGCUCCGCCAAGGUGGAGGGGAAGUUCGACGCGGCGGCGAGCAGCAAGUGGGGCGUGCUCGGGUGGCUCUACAACAGCGGCGCCACGCCGCUGAUCGACAGCUUCAGCCAGGCCAGCGCCGACCUCGUCGACAUCCAGGCCUCCGUGCUCUUCCAGGCGCUUCGCUCCGAGAAGCGGUACCUCCGGAUCCAAGACGACGAGCUCAAGGGCGACACCUCCUCCGUCGACGUGUCCACGCCGGACAACCUGAGAAGGCUCGUCGGCGUCGGGGAGGCCCUGCUCAAGAGGAGCGUGUGCAGGGUGGACGUCGAGACCGGCAAGAGCGUGCCUGACAAGAACAGAGGCACCAACGAGGAGGAGCUGCUCAAUUUCGCACGCCUGCUGUCGCAGGAGCGCAAGGCCAGGCUACAGAAGAAGGGCAUCAAACAGUAGCAAAUGGAUUACGGGCCGGAUCUGCAUGCGAAUUGUCAAACAGUCUGCCUUUUUUUAGUACUCCAAAGGGAUUAAGCUAGCCUCUAGUCAUCCAUUAAUCGACGCGUGUAACAUCACGAUCGGUCCCUAUGUAUGUACCAAGAAAAUAUAGUGUCAUAAUACUAAUUUAAGCACCUUUAUUCAACGCAAA